AUGGGAAUAGAAUUAAAAAAUGACACCUACUAUACUCUUCAUUUUGCAGAUAACCAAGUGGCAGUGGCCCAAGAUAGAAUACUCAAUACCCAAGAUACAACCCAAGAUAAACUUUUUAAAGAAUACGCAGAGUGGGGAUUAACUGUUAACUGCAGUAAAGCUACAUAUAUGUGUAUCGGUGGAGAAGGAACAGAUUCGGAAGUGGACGACAGUUGCAUAGUACAAUAUUGUUCAGAUUAUACCUACCUCGUAACAAAGAUUAGCCAAAGUGGACGAACUGAAGAUGAAAUAUUGGAGCGAAUAAUUAAAGGGAAAAGAGUUAUAGGAUGCCUAAACUCACUAUUAUGGUCAACAAACAUCUCUAUAGAAAGAAAACACCUUUUAUACAAUGCAAUAUUUAAAAGUGUUGUAUUGUAUGGAUGUGAAACGUGGCAAAUAAAUAAAACUUUAGAGCGUAAACUACUGGCUCUUGAAAUGGAUUUUUGGCAAAGAUCUGCCGGAAAGUCAAGAAUAGACCGAAUAACCAACGAGAGAAUUAGAGAGAUUAUGGGCGUAAAGAAAACUAUCCUCGAUGAAAUCGAACAACGCCAACUAAUAUGGUAUGGACAUGUAGAGAGAAUGACUGAGGAACGUCUAUCAAAACAAAUCCUAAAAUGGACACCAGCGGAAAGAAGAAAGAAAGGAAGACCUAAAGUUACCUGGAUUGAGGGCAUUAACCGAGCCAUGUCCGAAAGAAAUUUACUUCCAGGAGAUUGGGAAGAUCGAAGGCAAUGGAGACUGGGAACCGGAAGGCGUAAAACGCUAUAA